CAGACCCCUUAAAAUCAACAACUAUCAUCUUUCAGGUCUCGAACAAUUUAUCAUGCAACGAGUCAGCUGUGGAGUACUUGCCCGUGUUUCUAGGAUAUCUAGACAACUCAAAGAAAAUGUUUGCAAUCUAUCUAGUUCUUCAGAUUGCCUGCAGAAUGGUCCUAAGAUAGCUGUGGUGGGGGCUGGCCCUGCAGGAUUUUACGCUGCUCAAUAUAUUGCUAAGGCAAGAUCUGAUGCAACAAUAGAUAUUUAUGAAAAACUUCCAAUUCCAUAUGGACUAGUGAGGUUUGGUGUUGCCCCUGAUCAUUCAGAUGUAAAGAAAUGUAUUUCAACUUUUAACAAAACUGCCAACCUACCCAAUGUUACGUUUUAUGGAAAUACUGCACUUGGAAGUGAUAUAAGUCUAGAGCAGUUGAAGCGUUGUUACAACUCUGUAAUACUUAGCUAUGGAGCAGAAGAGGAUCAACGUCUUGGUAUCCCUGGCGAGCAACUUCAUAAUGUCACAGCUGCAAGAUCGGUUGUAUCUUUGUAUAAUGGUUUACCAGGAGCUCAGGAUGUUGAUAUAAACCUGGAUACUGAGACCGUUGUUAUCGUCGGAAUAGGAAACGUUGCGAUUGAUGUCGCCAGAUUAAUUCUUACACCCAUAGAUGUUCUGAGGAAGUAUGAUACUACCGAGGUUUGGUUGGAAAAGUUGCGCAACAGUCGUGUUCGGCGUGUAGUUUUAGUUGGAAGACGUGGACCUCUUAAUGUCAGUUUCACAGUCAAAGAAUUCAGAGAGAUGUUAAAGCUCGAAAAUGUGCGUCCAAUUUUUCACAAGGAACAAUAUUUACCUUUUAAAGAACAAGUUGCCCAACAGGAGCGUGGACGAAAACGUUUAAUUGAGCUCUUGUUUAAAAGCGCACUUGCUGAACCGGAACCCGUAACUGCUGAAAGAUGGGCCAGGGCAGAAAAAGAGAUGGAACUGAGGCUGCUUAGGUCGCCACUCGAGUUCUUGCCGGGUAGUGACGGUAAAUCUGUGGAGAAAAUAAAGCUGGCUGUCAAUGUCAUGAAAGGAGACACUGUCGAGGGGACAGAAGAAACUGAAGAAAUAGAAACUGGUUUAGUUCUUAGAUCUAUCGGGUACAAAUCGAUCCAAGCAGAUGAGGAAUUGCCAUUUAAUCAUAAGAAAGGAGUCGCUGUCAAUGUUGAUGGUCGGGUGAGUGAAGGGGUAUAUGCAGCAGGCUGGUUAGCUACCGGACCUAGGGGAGUGAUUGUAGAUACUAUGGGAACAGCAUUCAAGAUUGGAGCAAAUGUUGUAGCAGACCUAAAAGAAGAACAGAAGGGGAAGCCAGGACGAUCUGGAAUGCCUAGUUUACCGAAAAGUACUAGCUGGGCAGAUUGGCAAAAAUUAGAAAAGAUCGAGAUGGAAGCUGGAAAACUUCUCGGGCGGCCUAAGAUAAAGAUAACUUCAGUUUCAGAGAUGCUUAAUAAAAUUCAAUCAUAAUUGUUGAAUUGCCCAUGCCCGCCCCUUAAUAUUAUAUGCAUGUUACUUUAAAGCCUUUAUCUUUAUUUUAAUUUUGUUUUUCUCACGUAAUUGAACACAUUCUGUUCGUGAAAAGAAAACUAAAUUACACUAAUGCAUUUGUUUCCAGGCUACAAGAAAGUAUUAAAUUUGUUUGAUGUCAAAAUGCGAAAAAAAUUUGCCAUUUUUUUAUACAAAUGAGAAUUUUAUUUUUAUAAUUUUCAAACUCAUUCCGAUUUUUGCUGUUUUGAAUAAAUCAAAUCACUAAUGAAAGCCAGAAUUGUUUUGUCAAAAUGAAUCAAUAUGGGUAGCAAACUAUCCGUCUGGGAACACUGAGUUCAAAAGUAUUUAAUUCGUAAAUAUCCCUUGA